AUGCCGUCAGCCGUCGAGAGUGCCUCAGCCUCGACAAUCCGCGGAGGACACGAGGAGUCCCGUCCACGGCUUUCAGAGCCCCUACAAUACUCCGGAUUGUUGGACUCAUAUACCCAGCAAGAUUUGACUCCAGUCAUCGGUAGAGAAUACAAAGGACUUCAGGUGGCCGAUAUACUCAAGGCGGAAAACUCCGACCAGAUUAUCAAAGACCUCGCAGUGACAAUUUCGAAAAGAGGCGUUGUUUUCCUUCGUGACCAGGAUGUCACACCCCAGCAAAUGAGAGAAUUUGGCGAAAGGCUGACUGUUUUGGCUGGCUGCGUAAACAGCUUAUAUAUCCCUCUACAGCCCGAAUCAUCUGGCCUCCAUGUUCACCCCUUGACGGAAGAAGGCAGCGAACUCGGUGAUCAAAUCAGUGUUAUCAGCAGCGAAAAGCAGAAGAAAGGAGGCGGUCUUACCCACCAGCUCAGCGAUACGAGUCGCUUCGCCUCUGUAGGAUGGCAUACCGAUAUCAGUUUCGAGCGUGUACCUUCGGACUACGCUAUGCUCAAGAUCCACACUCUGCCCGAAACCGGAGGAGACACUCUCUGGGCUUCGGGAUACGAGAUAUACGACCGCCUGUCUCCUGAGAUGGCUGCCUUCCUAGAGGGUCUGACAGCCACACACGAUGCUAGCUUCUUCCAUGACGAAGCACGCAGGCUGGGAAAUCCCCUACGCAAGGGAAUCCGAGGAUCGCCACUUAAUCAGGGGGAAGAUCUUAAAGCAGUUCAUCCUGUCGUUCGGACUAACCCUGUUACCGGUUGGAAGUCCGUGUAUGUGAACAAGGGAUUCACUAAGCGGAUCAAUGGGGUAACCAAGGACGAGUCCGAUAUGCUGCUGCAGUAUCUCUUCAAUCUCGUCACACAAAACCACGACGCGCAGGUUCGCUUCAGGUGGAACAAGAAUGACAUGGCCAUCUGGGAUAACAGAUCCACCUGGCAUUGCGCCACUUAUGACUACGCUGAAGCCCGGGCUGGUGACCGGGUCUGCAGUCUGGGUGAAGCGCCGUACUUGGACCUCCAGUCCAAAUCCAGGAAGCAGGCGUUGGCAGAGGCUCAAGCUUAA